AUGAUGUUUGACCCCGACACUCUGUCCGCCUUGUCGGCGGAUAAAGUCGACAAGUAUCUUCGGCACAUUGAACUGCCGCACAGAUACUGGCCUCAGAAUAGCCCGACUUUGAAUAGUGAUCUUCUAUCUGCUCUCCAAGCAUAUCAUCUUUCAACAAUUCCUUAUGAAAAUUUGGCUUUGCAUUAUGCAAAAGAUGUUUAUAUUUCACUUGACGUGAAUGUCAUAUACCAGAAGUUUGUCGACAAAAAGCGUGGCGGAUACUGUAUGGAGAAUAACAUCUUCUUUUAUCAUCUUCUACGAUUCUUCGGGUUUAAGGUGUAUUUGACAGGAGCUCGACUUCAUCGAACAGGAGAUGGCCAGCCGGCGGGAUGGACGGGCUGGGAACAUUCUGUGAAUAUUGUAACACUUUCCGACCAGAUCCAGUAUCUAGCCGAUGUUGGAUAUGGUGGGAAUGGUCCCAAAGUCCCUGUGCCAUUGAUCUCGGGCUCGGUAGUGCAUAACCUGGGUACCCAGGAUUUGCGACUGGUCCGUGGGACAACGAUGGUAUUAUCCGAUGGACAACAAGGAAGAUGGAUCUAUCAAUUUCGAAAUGCCGAAGAUCAAGCGUGGGCAGUUGGAUAUAGCUUCACUGAUAUUGAGUUUACGCUGAAGGACUUUGAGGUCAUGAAUUUCUUUACGAGCCGAAGUCCGGAUUCAUUCCUGACAACAAAGAUACUCGUGGUGAAAUUUCUCCAGGAAGAUGGAAUUAUUACUGGUAAAGUCAUACUUGAUCAAGAGCAGGUGAAGAAGAAUACGGGUGGAAAGAACGUGCUUCUCCAGACAUGUCAGACUGAGAAAGAGAGGGUUCAAAUUUUGGAAAAUUUAUUUCAGCUGAAGCUCACGGAAGAGGAGAAGAUUGGAAUUAGAGGAAGAAUAUCAUCACUGAAGGUAGAAGUUUGA